AACCAAAAAAAUGGCUGUCACGACUGUCGUUACCCUCGGUAUUUCAUUUAUAAUUUUACUGUUUAAAUCAAAUGAAGUGAAUGCAGAUGAUAUUUUAGGAUGCGGCGGAUUUGUUAAAAGUCAUGUAGCUUUAGAUUUCUCAAAAAUUGAGAUUGGCUUGUACACUAAAGAGGGAAGUUUGAAAGAAAAAACAGAGUGUGCUCCUACUAAUGGAUAUUAUUUUCUACCUUUGUAUGAGAAGGGUGACUAUAUACUUAAAGUCCAUCCUCCAGCAGGUUGGAGCUUUGAGCCUUCCCAAGUGAGUUUGGUCAUUGAUGGGACCACUGAUCAGUGUUCCACAGGCCAAGAUAUAAACUUUGUCUUCAAUGGGUUUGGUAUAACGGGAAAAGUAAUAACUGCUGGUCAGAAGCAGGGACCCCGUGGGAUAAAUGUCCAACUGGUAAAUGAGAAAGGAGAAGUAAGAAACACUGUUACUGCUGCUGGUGGAGACUUCUAUUUCACACCUGUUAUACCGGGAAAAUAUACACUUAAAGCUUCACACUCCAGGUGGAAGUUGGAGCCAUCACAAGCUGUAGUGCAAGUAACUGAGGGCAAUACAGCACUCCCUGUUGGAGUUCUGGCUGUCAAAGGAUAUGAUGUUCGGGGUUCUGUCACAUCGUUUGGGGCAUCACUCAGUGGUCUACACAUUCUUCUCUAUUCCAAGGAGAACAAUCAACAAUUACGUGUUGAAGGUUGCAAAACAGCUCUUUUGCAAGGUGUCCCUGAUUCUCCAAUUUGCUAUUCUAUAACUGACAACAAUGGAGAGUUUAGCUUUGGGUUGGUGCCUGCAGGGAAUUACAAAUUGCUGGCCCUAUCAUCAUCACCGGGACAAGCCUCAAUCAGUUACAAUGUGAAGCCAGAGUCUGUUGCAUUCAGUGUUCAGCAUGACAGCAUUUUCAUUAAAAAUGCUUUUGAGGUGCACGGUUUUACAGUCAUAGGUACAGUUGUUAAGUCUAUUGGAGGUGUAGGGUUACCCAAAGCCAGAGUGCUGUUAAACCAAAAAGCUAUAGGAAAUACAGAUGCUAAUGGCAAAUUCACACUGCCUCAUUUGCAGCCUGGGACUUACACAAUAGCUUUUCAACAUGAACAGUGCGAGGUUGAGCCGGUGCAGCUUACAGUGUCUGCUAGUGGAGCGCGGGCUCCCGUGGCGGCGGCAGCACGGUGGCGUGUGUGUGGUGUGGUGGCGCCAUUUGGGGCGCGACGCAUCAACAUCAAGGCGGAUAGGGGUGGCCCGCCACUCACUGUCCACGUGCCGCCCGAGGGAGAGGGAAAAUGGUGCACCUUCCUUCCUCCAGGAACGUAUUCAGCCAAUGUUGAUUUAACUGAACAGGAGCAAAGAGAUGGCUUACAAUUCUACCCACUAUCGCACAAGAUCUCAGUAGGCAACGGGCCAGUAGAAGGCAUAUCUUUCUCUCAACUGAAGGGCACGGUUAGCGGCCGAGUGCGAUGCAUACGGGACACAGAUUGCGUCGCGUUGCCGAUCCGUUUGCGUGCCUUGUCACAAGAUGGCGCUUAUGUCGGCCGUCCUAGGGAUACUACAGCCAAGGACGGUGAAUACAAGUUCGCCGAGAUAGCGGCCGGAAGUGCAGAAGUAUCAGUGGGUGGGGCGAGGCUGUGUUGGCGCGAGAGAUCGCACAACGUCCCCGUCGCAGGGGACGUGGUACAAGCGCCGGACUUCGUUCACACCGGCUACUUGCUGAGACUGAGGGCUUCGCACGCCAUACAGGUGGAAUACAGCGGGCCUGAAGGUAUAACUGGCACCCUCUCCGUGCCAGAGGGCGCGAGUGAGCAAUGCGUACCCAAAGCGGGCACUUAUACGUUGACGCCAAAGUCUUGCCACAAGUUCUCGCCGCCCAGCGCUCAAGCAAACACAUUAGAAUCAGAAUCUGAGACGCCAACGACGGUAUACUUUAUGGCCGUGGCUCAUGAAGUGACGGUGCGUGUGUUAUCACCCAUUGCGGCCACAGACCUCAAGUUCAUCAUCGAUUCCGAAGGGCACAGCGCUACGCCCGUCGGCCCGCUCAAACCCAAACCUCAUCCUGACGGCGGAUACGUCUACGAGCACACCAUGUAUAUGGCUGACGGCGAGGUGGCGCUAGUCUCGUGCAGUUCGUCCACGCUACUAUUGGAGCCACAGCAGCCGCAACAAGUGUGGGGGCGCGGCUCGUGCCAGGCGAGCGCGCUCACUCUCCGCGCGCGCCCCGCGCUCACGCUCGCCGGCGAGCUCGCGCCGCCAGUAGCGGGCGCGCUGCUCACACUCACCGCAGACGGAAUAAAACAAACCUACACGACGACCGAAGACGGCAAGUACAGCUUCGGCCCGUUGGACGCUACCAAGAAGUACACGGUGACGGCGGAACUUGAGUCAUACGUGUUCAGCGAACCAGACGACAAAGGUGUCAUUACCGCCCGGAAAUUGGCCGAGAUCACGGUGCAAUUGUUGGAUCGAGCAGAUAAAACGCCGUUGCAGGGUGGAUUGGUAUCCGUAAGCGGUGGUUCAUACCGUCGUACUGCCGUAACUGACGCCGCUGGCAGACUCCGUUUCACUGCUUUAGCCCCGGACCGCUACUACGUGAAGCCUAAUAUGAAGGAGUACCGCUUCCAUCCCCCGCACACCAUCGUGCCCCUGCCCGACGGUGAAGCCCGCCACUUGGACCUCACGGGUGAACGCGUAGCUUGGUCUUGUUUCGGCCGAGUGGUGUCGUUGGGUGGAGUAGGAUGGGCGGGCGCAGCAGUAGCAGCGGUCCCUAAACCCGGCUCCCCGGCCACUUGCAUAUCGGAAGAGGCUACAGCGGAACCCAACGGCGCUUUCAGGAUACGAGGUUUGCUACCUGACUGCGUUUACGCGAUCCAACUAAAAGAGUCCAAUGUGCCGGAAUUGAUGGGAUUGAAGCUCGCUAAAGCACCACCUGCAUUAGAGGUGAAAAAUAACAAAGACAUUGAAAACGUGAUCCUUAUAGCGGUCCAACCUCGUCAACUAACUGACGGCAGCGUACUAAUACACGCGGCGCCUUCACACUACAAACUUUUGCGUUUAACUCUAGCCACAGAGAAAGCGCCGCACACCCAUCUCUUCGCGGCCAAACUGGACCCCCCCGGAGGACAAGAUAACCCGGGCGUCAUGCUUGUAUUGCCGAGACUGGCGGCGGAUAACGCCACUUAUGUGCUGCAGUUGGAGUCGACGUUGUCUAAAGCGACGCAUUCUUACGACGACACCGUUAUAUACUUCGAGUCUGAUGGCAAUUACAAGAGCUUCGAUAUCGAGUUUAAUCCCAAGGUGAAAUCCUCAGAGCAGGAGCUUCGCCAGACCUCGUUCCUAGUCAUACCGUUCCUAGGUCUGCUCGCGCUGGCGUACCUGCAGCGCGAUUGGUUGUUGGCUCGCGUGACGUCAUUCGCCACGGGGCUCGGGACGGGCGGCGGGGCGGCGGGCAGGAGUGGGGGGCAGGGGAGGGGAGGUGGAGUCGCCCGCCCCGACGUGCUGGACGCAGCCAGUAUAGACCACAUCGUGAGUGCCGUCAACGCGGCCGGCAAGCGAGUUAGCAAGAAGAAGGCCCAGUAGACUGAACGUUGACCGAAUAAUAAAACUAAUAAAUAAACAGUGCCGUGAAAACUAGAAUAGGGUAUUUGACAAGUUUUAGAAAACGAUCUCACGUUAUUGACUAAUGUUUAUGGAGUCCGUAAAAAGUGGAUAUUCAUCAUUCUGUUGUGUAUUUCAGUAAAAAUAACCAAAUAAAAAACUCCAUUUUCAAGUGGCCGCGAAAACGUUUCUCUGGACAAUAUGGCGUCUAAGUAGUGUGUGAUGUCACACGACUGUUAUUAAAACGACAAACGAUACAAUGUAAUGUCACUGUAAUUUACUUGUGUGUGACGUCAUUUUAGGCUCCGCCAAUCCCAAGCGUUUUGGGUCACGUGACAAUAGAUAAGAAAACUGAUAUUUUUUUGUAAAAAUACUAAAAUCCCCUGCCAAUAUUCUUUCUAAACACAGAUGCUAACAAUUGGCACUUUAUUUUUAAUACUGUCAAAUACCUUAUUAUGUCGCUCACUUUUUUUAAAUAUCAAGGCAACGAUAUUGAAAACUUAGAUACACCACGAGCGCGCAAAAUGUGUCCCCAUCAAGAAGUGCUUGAACGUCACUCGAGCAUUUCUUGGUACACAGUCACGCGUGGACCGUUGAAAAGCCAACAUACCUUAGAGCUCCGUUAAAAAAUGCGGUAAAAUAUACUUAUAGUAUUUAGAGUGUCUUUUCAAUGUUGAUUAAUUUAACGCACUUGAAGUAUAUUUUGUUUUAAUACUGACUGUAAACUGAAUUAAUAGAAAAUAUUUGUAAUAAUAAAAAGCAUGGUCGGUUAUAUAGUCGUCUCUUUCCCUCGCGCUCCGUGCCUGCUAUAUUGCUAACAUCGUUUUCAGAAUUUAUGAUAUAAAAUCAUAGCAACAAAGUCUAAAUUCCUCCACCUAUAGCGACAAGUAGCAAAAUUUUACGAGCUUGCAUUUGGAAAUGUCUGCCAACGGCGGCAAAGAUUUAACAUCUACGUUUAAAUUAAGACUUUAUUGACGGUGCAUUAAAGUUGAAUUUAAAUGUUUAAAUAUUGCUCUAUUUUGUUUUUGACUACGCGAUCAUCCCACGGACCUCCGUGCAUCGUUCAAUGUACCUUUUGGACAGGUUUCGGUGACGAUUUUGUUCGUGAUGUUGUAUCUACGGUUUUAAAUGUCGUUGUUUCAAGGCUUUAACAGAGGAUUUAUAUUUACAAUGCAGCAAAAGUAACGUUAUAAAAUUAUUGGUAAAGAAAAAUGUAUCUUUGCGUACACUAUUAGCUAUCUUCGCGCCGUUCUUUACUGACGCCUAAGAAUAGGUGAAAUGAAGUUAUUUUCAAAUCAUCUAUCAGACGGUUCACAGAUUAGUCGCUCAUAGUGAAAACUGCUCAUGUUUGCUAGAACUGUGUUCAUAACGUUGUUCAAUAAAUCUUUACUACAUGAAGUUGGUUUUUGAAGAACUUUGCUGUAGUGAUAUAAUGGAUGACCAUUGCGUUUACGAUUAUUGUACUGAGUAUUUUGUAAGCAAACAUGGUAGUCUAAUGCCGACACUUCACUUGGCUAUUCGUAUUUACUACCUGUAAACUUGAAAUCAGUCUGUCCUUUUCAUUCCUUAAAAAGCAUGAUAAGGACAGGUUGUUUUCAGGUUUACAAAUAGUAAAUACGAAUAGCCAAGUACUGUGUCGUAAUAAGGACAUUCUAGGGAAAAAGUUAAUAGCUUAGUGUGUAACCGAUGUUGUGUUUGAAUUUCAAUGAAAUACCUAUUUAUUUUAUUCAAAUUUUAUAUUUUGUCGUGUGUACUUCAGGUUAUCCUAUAUAAGAUGGCAACAUAAUAUGGGUUAAAAAUUGUAAACUACCUAUAAUUUAUUAUAAUUUAUUAUUUAUUUUAGAAAUAUUGAAGUUUCCGUUCACCAUAUUUUUAUUUCAAAUUUGCAAUCAUACGAAGAAGUGUACAUUCCAAAAAUAUUAACAUCCUCAUUGUAGCUCAUUUAAAAAAAAGUUAUGUCAUUGAAUGUGCAACAGUAGCAAAGUGACGUCAAAUUAUGAAAGAUAUUGGGCUCAAAUAUCAUUAUUUUAACCCCAUCACAUGAAUACUAAGUAAUCGUUAUAACUUCAACUCUAUUGUUAACAAACGAAGAAUAAGCUUGGAUUAGUUACUCCAUGUUUUGUCUCUGUUCAUUGAAUUACAAAUGGCACUUGAGUGAUAUGAACAAAACACGGUUUAACUAGUCUAAUCUUAUUCCACGUUUAUUAUUAAAGGGGCUAAAGUACGAGCGGUUCUUACUUAUAAUUAAGUAUUUAAUGCAAACCAUGGACUAAAGUUAGACAUAUUAAAAAGAUAAAAUGGAUGAAAUCUAGAGAUAGAGCCAUCUCAGUAUUCAUUUUUAGAUCAGAAAUUCAAUACAUUAAUAUGUUUGAUGAAUUUUGUAUGUAAUCCGUGUAUUUAAAAUAAACAUAAUGAACCAUCUUUAUUCCUACUAUAGUUAUAAUUUAUUGAUCUUGUAUAAUAAUGCUACUUAUUUUAUUGUUUAAAACAGAUUUAUUUACAUUUUAAUUAUUGUUUGCAUUUAUAAUAAGAGUUUUGGCGAUGUGUUUGCAAUUAGAUCCAUAAGUGGGCAAGUGAAAUAAAAUGGAUUGUUUGAGAAACAGUGUUUUAAUAAAUAAUUGAAUAGAACAUUGUACACCUAUCUUAUACUAAUGACAUAGGAACUUAUAAAUAAUGAUAUAUAAUAUUAACAAAGUUAAUUACCUAAUAAAAAAAAUAUGAUGGAAAAAAGCUGUCAACAGACAAAUUUAGAAAAAUAAUUGGAACACAUUAAUGUCAGGUAGGCACUUAUAUUUAGUACUAAAAUAUUUACGAACUAAAUAAAGUAGUAAAAAAGAACUAAUUUAACUAUUCCCUUGUUCAUGAUUGUCAAAUAGAGACCGCUUUGGCUUGAAUAUUUUCAUUUUUCGUUACAGUUGUAACGACGUUCACAGUCUUGACGCGAGUGCGCUCGGUGGUCCCAAAGCCUGGCGUUUUCUUUGCUGUUGAUAUUCAAAAGCUGCAAAAAAGCUGUGUCUUGAGCGUGCGUGCAGCAUACACAGUUGAAGCUUUUCACAAUCGUCAUAGCUGCAAAAGAAAAUAUAAUGUUGAAUGAUUCAUUUCGCAGAGACAGACGAUAAAGACUACUUAUUAAGUUUUUUUAUUUCUAAUAUUGGAUCAACGUAUAGUAUCAUAAAACGGUCUCUAUGUAUCUCCAACGGAAAACGAUGAAAUUUUGUUUGUUAAUUGAAUAGCAAAGGAUUUGUCUGUGCUUUUAAUUUAUUGAUGAUGAUAAUAAUAUAUUACCUAAUCAUUGUAUUUUCUUAGUCUACCAGAUUUUAAUUCUAUGUUACUGUUAAAAAUAAGGACAGUAGUCUUAAAAUUACAUAAUAAUAAGUUAUUUCUUUUAAACACGGAUUAGCAUAUUUCUCCACCUGAUCUCAAGUGUGAGCUUCAGUCUGAAUCCAAUUCCCCUUGCUAUCUUUGCAGCAUAGCAGUGCUUUGUAGCAAUUGAAGCCCACUUAAGAUAGUCAUUUAACGAACGGUAGAACUCUCCGAGAAGUUGGAUUUUAUGUUAGUGACAGGUUCGUGCUAUCAAAUUACAACAAAAGCUCAAUAUUAUUUUUUAUUAAACUAUGAUCAGAUUAAAAACUUUUUUAAUGUAUUUUUUUUAUCAUAAUUCAUUAAUUAGUUUAAACAAGAUAGUUGCUGUUAACAGGUUAUUUAAAAUAAGUAGUAAAUACUACGUAAUUAUUAUUUUACCUUCUUUUCACUCUCAUGUGAUUGAAACCGUCAGCCUGAAGUUCACCUAAACCGAGCUUGGUAUUCAUAAAUCUUUUCUGAAUGUUGUGUGCCGGUUCACCAUUGGUUGUUUGACCUAGAAAUAAUUAAAAAAGUGUAAAAUAAGUAUAAGAAUGUAGCUAUUUCACACUGAGUUUUUCUUGCAGGCUUGUCAGAACAGGAGAAAUCGUGAGUAAAGUUCUGCAAUCUGCUUAGAAAAGAGAGCUUCGAAAUAUUUUUACAUUAGUAGAGGAGAAAGCACAGAUAGUUCAACUAUUGCAAACAAAGAAAACGCAUCGAAUUUUCUUACCUUCAUUUUGAAGUUUUUCCAACGGUUUGCUAGAGACUACACAAAACACUGCUGCCAACACUAUUGUAAUUCUUAGAUUUGCCAUUUUUGCAUUAAGCUUUUUGUGAUCAAUUCACUAUGAAUGCUGUGUCCUGCAAUUUGGUUAAAGACGAAUGCUUUAAUGAACUGAUGAAGGAAACUCGUAUGCUGUACCUUUUAUCAGCACUGAAGUAUCCCCACCAUUACUGAAACAUGAUGCUGAUCGAACUAGUUAGCACAAAGUGCUGACGAUACUCGCACCUGCUAAUUCGUAUUUUAAAUAAAUCGAGGUAUUGAACCGCUUUGUUGAAUUCUUGUGUAAAUAGAUAUACCUACAAUGUUAUAUUAUAAGAAAAGCAAACGGCAAAUACAAAACUGUUCAUAUAUUCCGUUGUUUUUAUAUUUUUAUAUAAAUUAAUAUUUUCAACACACACCUAUUAGCCUAGCCCCAAAGUAGGCACUGUAAGGCUUGUGUAAAUGCUAGGCUUACUACUAUCUUCUUCUUAUGGUGCCUCUCGAUCUCCACUACUGGAAGUUGGCUCUGCGUAUAUAUACAUUUUGUGCUUUACCUAAAUAGUUCUUCCAUGAUGGCGAUACAAGUCUCUUCCUGAUGUUUCUGAGUCAAUAAUUUUUCCUUCUUCCUAUGCGUCAUUUUCCCUCUGCCUUUCCCGUUAUUAUAAACUGGAGAACACAGCGCUUACGUCUUAAUAUAUAAUAAGAAAGGUAAUCUACCUUUUUCGGUUAUGAUGUAAAAUAUAAUGAGUCCAAACACUAAGAUAAUCAGCAGUUUUACUUGUCAUGUGUGCAAACCGGGGUGCCUCCGCCAAUCGCUAUUGCUAUAGUUAUAGCUUUUAAUUUCAUUUUGUUAUUUCUGACCGCCGAAUAGCCUGAUAGGCAGUAGGACCCCAGUUAUCCUGGCUUACGUUGACGACCUGCAAGAUGGUUGUUGAGGACCCUAUCCAUGAAUUCCGAUUUCAGAUUGAACUAGUACCUUCGUCCUCUUCACUCCGGAAUAGGUUCUAUACCUGCUCCAGUUUUUGCUCUCGGACAUAAAACAGUCUUCCGUGAAAAAUUGUGUUAAAAGUUAAUCUAAGUGAUAUUAAAAUCGCAUCCAAACAUAUGGCAGGGUUUGGGAGGAGUUGGCGACUAAAUAGAUACGGAAAUCGAUGAAUAAAUGGAGCAUUUAAUAUUCUUUUUUACUUAUAGGUAAGUAGUACUCAUGCAUUACUACACUAGUAUGUGUUAUAGUUGUGAUUAUGAGUGACGUCAACCAUAUACAUUGGGAUUUGUUAUACCUAUAUAAUCAAAAGUGAGGAGCUCAAUGGCACAGGCGGUUAGCGCGUUCGGCCUGCGAUUAUGGAAGUUAAGCAACUUACGCAAUGGUCCGUCAUUGGAUGGGUGAACAAAAACUUAUUAUCGAGUUCCUUCGUACUUCGGAAGGCACGUUUAGCUGUUUUUCCUGGCUGCAUAUGCAGUGGUUAGCACGCACCCAUCAAUCUGUACUGGGUCCGCAUGGUGGGUCAUGGCCCAAUUGUCUCUAUUCCAUCUGUAGGGAAGGCCUGUCCCCAAAUAAUAGCGAUAUUAAUAGGUUCAUGAUCCAGUCAACCGGACGAUCCCAUCUGUACCACGGGCAAUGCACAAUGAUGAUGAUGAUAAUAUAAACAAAAAAGCUGAACACAUGAUCAUGUUAUGUAAGGAUGAGUGUUUCUGUAGAAUUGUCUGACAAUAUCUGGUUCAAACCACUACACAAUGACGUUUCACGUGCGAAUGAGCCGCUAACGAUUCACUAACGAUAUCCUAAUCAAAUAUUUUUAUCACCAAUAGUGAAUUAUUUAGAUAAUCGAUUACAAGGAAACUGAGAUUUUUCAUAUGCAAUAGAGCAUGUUUGAAUGAUAGAUUUGUAAAUAUAAAUUGGAACAGUCUACAGUACAGUAUGUUGUGAGAGUAAGCUUAGCGAGUAUCUACGUAGAGAUUUAACCUACGCCACAUUCAAUUAGGCUGAAAUACAUUUUACAUUACAUUACUCCUGAGUGCUACUACGGUCCAGGCCCAUAUUUAAAGAUAUGGAGGCCAGGCAACUGGCAACGAGAAGGAGGCCUGUAAAUCUGGGCGGGCCACUUACGAUAUGUACCCUCUCUCUCUCCCCAGUUGGGGAAUAAAAAUAUUUUUAUAUCAACGAAAAUACCAUUUAUACGAUUUUUUUAAAUAUCUCUGAUGUGGAGGCCGGUGGGCCACAGCCCCGUAUGAUCUGCCGUAAAUCCGGCCCUGACAGGACUGAAUGCGUACCUAAUAUCACACUGAAGGUUCAUUAUUUAACUCCUUAUAAAGGCUUUUUGUACUUGAAUUUAAUUUAAAAUAUCAGCCGCAGAUGAAGAGUUGCGUAAAAUCAUACAAGAGUUAACAGUAAAGUAGUCGGGUAUAAAAGCAUUAAAACCAAAUACUGUUCUUAUACGACUCCACAUAAAUUUUAAAUUUGUUGUGGAUCGGGUCCAAUCCACUAUUUUCAGUUCAUUCAAUGAAGCGAGGGCGAUGGUAAAUAAAAACCCUGUUGCGUAGUUGAACUAAAUGUGUCUUGCAUGUAAAAAAACUUGUAAUUAGUACAAACACAGUUUUUCAGAACAGCACAAAAGUAAUUGCGUAGUAUUUGAAACAAAAACCAUGGAAUAGCUGAAUUGAAUAACAUAGACUAAUAAAUCAAAAUCACUUUAUUGCAAAACAUAGACUUAUAAUUUUAAUUAGGUAACAAAAUACAUCCGCCACAAAUUCACUAUGUCUUUAUCGUUGUAGCAGUUACGGUAAAAAGCAAUAGUGUUAAAGUUCCAACUGCCUUUCCGAACGGUUUAUGAUAAAGGGGUAUUAAAUAUCGUUGAUGAUAAACCGCCCGCUGACAAAUGGAUGAUGG